CGCAAACACGUCCGGCUCACGCUCCCGCCCGCAGGCUCGCAAACGCGCCCACGACGACGCCGCCUACUUUGGCCCUCCCGCCCCCGCCACAAAGCGCACUGCCCAGGAGAGACCCGAUGGUGAACCACGCGUGAAGAGGAAACGCGUCGAUCCAUCGUCCACCGCUGCCUCAAGACGGGCAGACAGAGCAGCUGCUGCUGCAUCUGCCGCAGCAGCAGCAGCAGGUCCAGAAGAGAGCAGUACCCGUAGUCUGAUUGAUUUGAAAGCGUUGCCUGACCCAGUCCUCUAUCGCUAUCUCUCCCACUUCAACCUCCUUCCCGACAUCCAUCCCUCGCCCCUCCUAUCAGACGAUCCUCCUUCCCCACACUUUCUCUAUGGCACCGGCAGGAACACUUCCCGCGCUCUCAGUCCCACCGUGCUACCCACACCAGCCAAUAGACCGCGUCGGGAUCCCAAGGAGCAGAGCCGCAGACGGAGCUCCCGUCUCCUAGAGGAAGCCCUCAGUCGCCCUCCAAUCAUGUCAGACGUCGCAGACGUCCACGUUGUGCUGGCAGAGAUGGCAGAACGUCAUCUAGAAGGACUCUCCAUUAACGAGAUAGACACUCUGGCCUCCUUUAUGGUCAAGACCAAAUGCGAAUAAGUCUUUGUCGUGUCCACGCGCACGCGCUCCAGCUAUGUACCGAUGAAGUCAUCUUUUUCGCCUUUGUUCCUCGAACCCACUUGUAAUCUCCUGACACAACAACCAAUCGCUGCAGUUAGACGAGCGGCCCGCGUUCUACAUGGCGACCCGGCGGGAAAUCGCGGUGAAACAUCAGAUUCUCAGAACCAACAUACUGGCAAAUCCUCACACGUCCCUUCUCCUUGCUUACCAUUACGGAACUUGGUUGCCUAUCGGACGCGCUGGUUGCUUGACGGCUCCUGCUUAUGUAAUCCCAGUUGCUAUCCCCGUUCCUGUUGUCACAACGUCGUUGCAAUGUUGCGAUGCUCUUUCAGGAAAGUCCGACCAAGUGCGAACCGCCUGGAGCCCCUAAUCCUUUCACAAUUUGCGCGUCGUCCUCCUCCCUUCGUGAGUGUCAAAUCCCGAAGAAAUGGUAAGAGCCCUCAGGCAGUCGUCUGGGGGACGCAUGCACCUUCGCAAUUGUCUUCUGACCUCCCCGUUGCAUACCUAUAAAAUCUCGAAUGUCUGGGCAUUUCGUUCUCCAUUCCCUUUCCUCCCUCUUUCUCUCCUUCCAACUCUCUUCGCAGCAGAGCUGCCUGGUUCUGGUUUUAACCAUCUCUAGGAUUCUUCUUAGCUCUUUCAUCUUCUGUGAAGAUCUUCUCCUAGCGUGCACCCGCCCCUGCUUCUUCGCGCUCCAAGCCUAGUGCUCUUUGCAUCCCGAUUUCUAUCCUCUCGCGCCCGCCAUGAAGUUCUCGGCAAGCCUUUUCGUCAUCCUUCCUUACUUUGCCGCACUGGCUGCCGGCCUCACUGUACCCGUCUCUCCCGGCCUGCUCGCUCGUAAGGGCGGCAAUAACAACGGUGGCAACACUGGCAACACUGGCAACACUGGCAAUACCGGUAAUACUGGCAGUACUGGCAGUACCGGCAGCACUAGCAGCAACGGUAACACCGGUGGCAACAGCUCAGCUCAGGGCGAACAGUCAUCACUCACGCUCGAUCCUAGCGUCAUUGCGAAGGGUUUCGAGGACAAUGGCCAGGACCAGCCCGCCGCCGGCCAAGUUGCCUCGCUGACGUCGUCGAAUAACUUCAUCAACUUCUGCGCUACUACCGGCCAGACAAUCACCAAUGGUCAGCAGGUCCAAGGUGGUUCUUGCAAUCCCGCGCCUAUGGGCCAGAUUCCUUCCACGUCGAACAUGCCCUCCGCCAAGUUUGUCAACCCAGUCAACAUGCAAAACAUCGCUGCCAACACGCCCUUCAAUGUCAUGCUCGCCAUCCAGGGCAUGGAGACCGGCAACUUCGUCAACGCCGAGGAGAACUACUUCUCAGCGCCACAGCAGCUCAACUCGCAGGGUCAGAUUGUCGGUCACUCGCACGUCGUCAUUGAGCAGUUGGACUCCCUCACGCAGACCACGCCCACGGACCCUACAAAGUUCGCCUUCUUCAAGGGUCUUAACGAUCCCGCCGUCAACGGCAUGCUCAACACGACCGUCACCGACGGUCUUCCCGCUGGCACGUACAAGAUCUCGACUAUCAACUCUGCCGCCAACCACCAGCCUGCACUCGUCGCUGUUGCUCAGCAUGGCUCCCUCGAUGAUGUUGUCUACUUCACUGUAGGCAACGCUGGAGGCAACACUGGCAAUAACAAUGGCAGUGGCAACACCGGCAGCACUGGCAACAACGGUAGCUCGUCUACGGGCAACAACGGCAACAACAAUGGCAACGGCAACAACGGCGGCACUGGCACCUCUUCCUCAUCUGGUGCCUCGAGCUCGUCGACGUCUGCGGCUGGAGCUGGCAACAACAAUGGCAACAAUGGCAACAACGGGGGCAACAACGGGAGUAACGGGGGCGGCAACGGUAGCACUGGCACUUCUUCCUCGUCUGGUGCUUCGAGCUCCUCGACAUCUGCUGCCGGAGCUGGCAACAACGGCAACAACGCCAAUGGUGGUGGCCAGAACGGUCAAGGCAAUGCCCAAGGCGGUAACGCCAAGGGUGCCACUGGCGGUAAGGCCACCGGCGGGCAAGGCGGAAACGGAGGCAAAGACAGCGGCGCACAGAACGGGAGCGGGAACAACGGCGGGAAGAACCGUCGCCUCUUCUCCUUCCGCCGUUCGCGCCUUCACUAAACAUUUAGCUUGGUCUUCACGGGUGUGCUCAUCGCGCGGGUCGCCCUGACUCUUCGCCCGCUUUUUUCUUCUUUCCUUUGAAAAUUCAGCACCCUUCUUUCUAGUACUACUACACGCAUAUUCUUGCUUUUCAUUCAUUCAUUGUUGUGUACUUGUAGGCCUUGCUCGUUUGGCGUUUUUUGUUCCACGGUGCACGCGUAGCUUCAUAUGUUGGUUUAGCUAAAGCUGAAAGAGCCUUUUUGGAAUCC